AUGGAUGAACAGGCUCUUUUAGGGCUAAAUCCAAAUGCUGAUUCAGACUUCAGACAAAGGGCCCUGGCCUAUUUUGAGCAGUUAAAGAUUUCCCCAGAUGCCUGGCAAGUGUGUGCUGAAGCUCUGGCCCAAAGGACAUACAGUGAUGAUCACAUAAAGUUUUUCUGCUUUCAAGUACUGGAACAUCAAGUUAAAUACAAGUACUCAGAGCUAACUACAGUUCAGCAACAACUAAUUAGGGAGACGCUCAUCUCUUGGCUUCAAGCUCAGAUGCUGAAUCCCCAACCAGAGAAGACCUUUAUACGAAAUAAAGCAGCCCAAGUCUUCGCCUUGCUUUUUGUUACAGAAUAUCUCACUAGAUGGCCCAAGUUUUUUUUUGACAUUCUCUCAGUAGUGGACCUAAAUCCAAGGGGAGUAGAUCUGUACCUCCGAAUCCUCAUGGCAAUUGAUUCAGAGUUGGUGGAUCGUGAUGUGGUGCAUACAUCAGAGGAGGCUCGUAGGAAUACUCUAAUAAAAGAUACCAUGAGGGAGCAGUGCAUUCCAAACUUAGUGGAAUCAUGGUACCAAAUCUUACAAAAUUAUCAGUAUACUAAUUCAGAAGUGACGUGUCAGUGCCUUGAGGUAGUUGGGGCUUAUGUCUCUUGGAUAGACUUAUCCCUUAUAGCCAAUGAUAGGUUUAUAAAUAUGCUGCUAGGUCAUAUGUCAAUAGAAGUUCUACGGGAAGAAGCAUGUGACUGUUUAUUUGAAAUUGUAAAUAAAGGAAUGGAUCCUGUUGAUAAAAUGAAACUAGUAGAAUCUUUGUGUCAAGUAUUACAGUCUGCUGGGUUUUUCAGCAUUGACCAGGAAGAAGAUGUUGACUUCCUGGCCAGAUUUUCUAAACUGGUAAAUGGAAUGGGACAGUCCUUGAUAGUUAGUUGGACUAAAUUAAUUAAGAAUGGGGAUAUCAAGAAUGCUCAAGAGGCACUACAAGCUAUUGAAACAAAAGUGGCCCUGAUGCUGCAGCUACUAAUUCAUGAAGAUGAUGACAUCUCUUCUAAUAUUAUUGGAUUUUGUUAUGAUUAUCUUCAUAUUUUGAAACAGCUUACAGUGCUCUCGGAUCAGCAAAAAGCUAAUGUAGAGGCAAUCAUGUUGGCCGUUAUGAAAAAACUGACUUACGAUGAAGAAUAUAACUUUGAAAAUGAGGGUGAAGAUGAAGCCAUGUUUGUAGAAUACAGAAAACAACUGAAGUUGUUGUUGGACAGGCUUGCUCAAGUUUCACCGGAGCUACUGCUGGCUUCUGUUCGCAGAGUUUUUAGUUCCACACUGCAGAAUUGGCAGACUACACGUUUUAUGGAGGUUGAAGUAGCAAUAAGACUGCUGUAUAUGUUGGCAGAAGCUCUUCCAGUAUCUCAUGGUGCUCACUUCUCAGGUGAUGUUUCAAAAGCUAGUGCUUUGCAGGAUAUGAUGCGAACUUUGGUAACAUCAGGAGUUAGUUCCUAUCAGCAUACAUCUGUGACAUUGGAGUUCUUCGAAACUGUUGUUAGAUAUGAAAAGUUUUUCACAGUUGAACCUCAACACAUUCCAUGUGUCCUAAUGGCCUUCUUAGAUCAUAGGGGUCUGCGGCAUUCUAGUGCCAAAGUGCGGAGCCGAGCUGCUUACCUGUUUUCCAGAUUUGUCAAGUCUCUAAAUAAACAAAUGAAUCCUUUCAUUGAGGAUAUUCUGAAUAGGAUACAAGAUUUAUUAGAGCUUUCUCCACCUGAGAAUGGUUACCAGUCUUUGUUGAGCAGCGAUGAUCAACUCUUUAUUUAUGAGACAGCUGGAGUGCUGAUUGUUAACAGUGAAUAUCCUGCCGAACGGAAACAAGCAUUAAUGAGAAAUCUGUUGACCCCACUAAUGGAGAAGUUUAAAAUUCUGUUAGAAAAGUUGAUGCUGGCACAAGAUGAAGAAAGGCAGGCAUCACUAGCAGACUGUCUCAACCAUGCCGUUGGAUUUGCCAGUCGAACCAGCAAAGCUUUCAGCAACAAGCAGACUGUGAAACAAUGUGGCUGUUCCGAAGUUUAUCUGGACUGUUUACAGACAUUCUUGCCAGCACUCAGUUGCCCCUUACAAAAGGAUAUUCUCAGAAGUGGAGUUCGGACUUUCCUUCAUCGAAUGAUUAUUUGCCUAGAGGAAGAAGUUCUUCCAUUCAUCCCGUCUGCCUCAGAACACAUGCUCAAAGAUUGUGAAGCAAAAGACCUCCAGGAGUUCAUUCCUCUUAUCAACCAGAUUACAGCCAAGUUUAAGAUACAGGUAUCUCCUUUUUUACAGCAAAUGUUCAUGCCUCUGCUUCAUGCAAUUUUUGAAGUGUUGCUCCGACCAGCAGAAGAAAAUGACCAGUCUGCUGCUUUAGAGAAGCAAAUGUUGCGAAGGAGUUACUUUGCUUUCCUGCAAACAGUCACAGGCAGCGGGAUGAGCGAAGUCAUAGCAAAUCAAGGUGCAGAAAAUGUAGAACGAGUUCUGGUUACUGUUAUCCAAGGAGCAGUCGAAUAUCCAGAUCCAAUUGCCCAGAAAACGUGUUUUAUCAUCCUCUCCAAGUUGGUAGAACUCUGGGGAGGUAAAGAUGGACCAGUGGGAUUUGCUGAUUUUGUUUAUAAGCACAUUGUCCCUGCAUGUUUCCUAGCACCUUUAAAACAGACCUUUGACCUGGCAGAUGCACAAACAGUAUUGGCUUUGUCUGAAUGUGCGGUGACAUUGAAAACAAUUCAUCUCAAACGGGGCCCAGAAUGUGUUCAGUAUCUUCAACAAGAAUACCUGCCUUCCUUGCAAGUAGCUCCAGAGAUAAUUCAGGAGUUUUGUCAAGCGCUUCAGCAGCCUGAUGCUAAAGUUUUUAAAAAUUACUUAAAGGUAUUCUUCCAGAGAGCAAAGCCCUAA